GCGUUACAGCAAUUGGAGACAGCAUACGGUAUCCAUGGACUGCCCCUUGUCCCCCUCUCAACGCGUCGAGCAAAACAUUCGCCCUAAUUCGCAUACUUCUUCCUCCGUGCUAGUCAGUCACUUCUCCCUCCCCUCCCCUCUCCCCUUCCACCUUUCCCCUUCAUCCAUCCCAUCCUCUCCCCCCUCUUUCCACCUCCGCUCCACCUUCUCCUUUCCUCUCCCAUCUCUCUCCUCCACCCUCCCUCAACUCUCACCCCAUCCCAACGGGUUGAAAUUCUCCACAAGUCAAUAUAAUAUAGAAGAUGUCUAUCGUUUCACUCCUCAACGUUAAUGUGCUCAACAAUCCUGCUCCCUUUGCCGACAAGUAUCGGUUUGAGAUCACCUUUGAGUGUCUCGAGUCCUUGACCAAAGGUAGCGUUGAUUGUUGGCUCCUUCCGCAAUUUCUAUUCUCACUGACCCGUUUUCUCCACAGAUCUCGAGUGGAAGCUUACCUAUGUCGGUUCAGCCAACUCGUGAGCUAUAUCCCAUCGGAAUCCAUUGCUUUUCAUCCCCGAUCUCAUAUUCACUAACAUUCUCAACAGUACCGAGCACGAUCAGGAGCUCGACUCCCUCCUCGUUGGACCCAUCCCCGUUGGUGUGAACAAAUUCAUUUUCGAGGCCGAACCCCCCACCCUUGCCAAACUCCCCUCUUCUGAGAUAUUGGGAGUUACCGUUGUUCUUCUUACUUGCUCUUAUGACGGUCGUGAAUUUGUUCGUGUUGGUUACUACGUGAGCAACGAAUACGAUUCCGAGGAACUCAACAACGAGCCUCCCAAGCAGGUUCAGACCGAUAGGAUUGUGAGGAACGUUCUCGCCGAGAAACCCCGUGUCACCAGAUUUGCCAUCAAAUGGUACGUACACGAUCCCCACCCUUCCAAUGUCGCUCUUCUCACGUUUUUCCAGGGACUCUGAGGAAUCCGCUCCUUCCGAAUUCCCCCCUGAUCAGCCCGAGGCCGACGAGGCCGAUGAUGAUGCCGACAAUUACGGGGCCGAAGAGGAGGAAGAGAUCGAGGGUGAGGAAGAAGCUGGGCCCGCCCCUGCCGAUGAGGACGUUGAGAUGGGUGGAGCAGAUGAUACUGCAGGCCCCGUCACUGGCAAGGAAGCCGAUGAAGUUUCUGAUGACGGCUCCGAGGACUUGGAAGCCGAGAGCAGCGGCGAAGACGAUGAAGAGGAAGAAGAGGGUGAGGGCGAGGCGGAAGAGGAUGAUGCUAUGGUUGAUGAUUCUGCCGCAGGCAAGUCUGCUGAAGCCAGCUCCUCCGCUCAACCAACCACUACUCAGCCAGUUGUCCCCAAAUAACCGACCUCCGGUUCCAUACGAAACACCUCAAAAAGGAGGGUUUUGAUCACCCAGGGGUUUGCUUGUACGACUGGAAUGUUGUCAUGGGUUAUGGUUCAAUGUUCUAUUAUAAAGUAGGGUCCCACUGUUGGUUUAAAAUCGGGUGUUGGAAUGUUUCUUUGUAUGGGGCUGCCAACGAUGGCUGUGAUACAUAGAUGUUUUUUCCUAAUAGCAGGCUUGAAUUAUAAUCUGCACAGCUAGCCUCGAGGGUUCUUUUUUUUCUUUCUUUUUUCUUUUUGCUUUGAGUAAUAAUUCGUUUCCAUCUCGGAGCCUUUUAUGUAGCGAUAGACCACCCACUCAAAGGGACUCGUGACCGUUGAUUUGUCUGAGAUUUUCACGCGAGUGACCAACUAUGAUGUGAUAUUUUCGUGGUAUGGGGAAGUAAGUUGAUCGGUUAAUUGAGGACAUACGGUAGUGCUCAAGCAGACUAGGGUCAUGUUGCUCCAUGCCGGUACCGCAGCUAGCCAGGGAAAUUUGGUGACAAGUAAUCCACUACGAGUGUGAUCUGCCAGCAGGCCUUACUAUCACGUCCAUUUCGACAAUAGAGUAGCUGAAAGCGUGUAAACCUGAUUUUGUGCCGGAUACGGGUGGUAAUAUCGAUAGCAGACAGUAUGCAAUAGCUGGAUAGCAUUGGCCAACAUUUCGGCGGUGUUGCGACGUCACUGCCAAGAACGUUAUUAUCUGGGGUUGGCCCCACAAUGGCGAAAGCUAAUACUCCUAGAAUCCCCAGGGAUUGGCACCUUCUUGGGCUCCUCCCAGGAUCAAUCCUCCCCACCGCAGCAACCCCCCCAGCCUCCUACAACCCAAAACCUACCAUGGAUUUCCUACGGUCAAAGCAGGCUGGAAUCCAGCACGAUUUUACGGGAGCUCUAGCAGCUUCAGAUUUAUUUAUUCUAGAUGAGGUUGGCGCCCGCAGCUCACUCUCCAAAUAAGCUUCCCGAACUGACAUUGUCCACUGGAAGGUUGAAAAAUACGGAAUCGAAUCCUCCAUAUCUGUCAUCGCCUACGACCCAAUUCAAUCACUUCUCGCUGUCGGAACAAAUGAAACGGCGACCACUCCCGGGAAGGUCUAUGUGUUUGGUCAGAAGCGAGUGCGGGUCACAUUCACCUUGACACGGAAGACCGGCGUCAAGUUUUUGAAGCUAUGCGAUAGUAGGAUUGUCAUCGUGGAUACCAAGAGCGAGCUCUCGGUGUUCGAUAUGACCGAUCUCGAGGCUCAGCCCGCCAGGUACUCUCCUCCGGGAAUCGUGAGCGCGGUUUUAACGGAUCCGUCACUGGAUUGGGUAUUCAUGGGCUUGCAGAAUGGAGAGGUGAUUGCGUAUGACCUUGACCGGCAGCUCAAGUCGCCAUUCCUAAUACCCAAUCUGUGGAGGCAACGCUCGCCGAAGGCCAGGAUCUUGCCGAUCGUAUCCCUUGCGUUACAUCCACGGGAUCUCGGAACACUCCUUAUCGGGUAUCUAGAGGGCUGCGUUGUUUUCUCAUUGAAGCAGCAUGCACCAACGCUCUUCCUUCAUUUCGAGAUACCGCCUGGUGCGCCUGGAGCUGAUCCGGAACGGAGCAUGCUAAAUUCUGUGCGGAGGCCGAGGCUCUGCGAGGCUCUGUGGCAUCCUACCGGGACGUUCAUCUGUACUACGCAUGAAGACUCUUGUCUUGUGAUUUGGGAUUCACGGGACGGCAGGAUCGUACAAGCUAGGACUCUGCAGGAUACAAAUGUUAACAUUCCGUGCGGUCCGAAACCAAGCAUGCUCAGCGAGACCGAGGGAACUAUAAUUGUCAGGCAACCGCUAUUUAAAGUGUCCUGGUGCUGUACGGAUAACCCCGAUGACACCAGCAUCCUGGUGGCGGGUGGAAAUGUGUCUGUGAUGCCCAACAAGGGCCUCACACUUCUGGAUCUUGGGCCCACUCCGAAUAUGCUCACUUCAUCGGCUCAACUCGUCUCGGAUCACUUUGCGUCACCUAGAAGGCAGCGCAUUUUACCGACUCCAGCCGAUCUCGAUGUUGUCGAUUUCUGUUUGCUUCCACGAACCAAUCCUCAUUACGCUGGGAGCCAUGACCCCGUCGCUGUCGUUGCCCUGUUAGCUUCCGGGGAGCUAGCAACGCUAAGCUUUCCGGAUGGCCAGCCCAUCUCCCCGGCGUUGGUUUUCCAUCCUUCCUUGUCAUUGAUUCACCCCCGCGCGACAACCGCCAAUCUCUCGCCUGUGAACCGCCAGCGGUGGUUGGGCAUGACCGAGAACCGUGAUAGGCCAAAGGAAGUAAUCGUUGGGGGGGUGGAACAUGCCAAACCUCUGAGACGAUACGAGAAUCGAACCGUGAUACAAAUGGCCCACUUGGACGGGACGGUAAGGAUCUGGGACCUGGGACUCGCAGAUGAAAUCGAAAACGAGAAAAUAAUGGAGGUUGAUCUUGGGCAAGUUCUAGAACGUGGCGUCGAUCUGAAGAUUGAGCGUGUUGCCAUGGCAGGGUCCACCGGAGAGUUAGCUGUGGGCAUGGAGACCGGGGAAGUCGCGGUAUUUAGGUGGGGCAAGAAUAAAGGCUACGGAAGGACCAGAGAAGACGAGGCUCUGCAGGGAAUGAGCAGGACCGAGUCGGGCGGUGCUACUGGGGCAAUUAGAGACGCAAAGUCGAGGACAAAUCCUGCUCUGAAGGAGGGCCUUUUGCCUCUUUGUGUUCUUGAGCAGCACUGUGGGAGCGUUUUGCACCUUGCCUGUAGUGAUGUGGGAUUUGUUGCUAUUGCUUAUCAGACUGGCCAUAUGUCUGUUGUUGAUUUGAGGGUGUGUGUUUGGAUGAUGCUUCGAGGUCUUCUCGCGCUGAUUGUUUUCUAGGGGCCUACCGUUAUAUUUCACCAGAGUUUAGCCUCCCUGACGAAGGAGGCCAAGAGGUCUAGUUUUAGAAAGAGCCAUGAUAAACCUAUAGAGGGAGAGAAGGCUACUUGUCUGGAAUUCGGAGUUCUCACACUCGAGGGUGACGGUAGGCAACUGAUUGCGAAGACUCUAGAGUAUCUACUAACACUAUUAACGGUGGAUUCAGAGUUCUCAAGCAUCGCACUAUUUGUCGGAACUAGUCACGGCAGAAUCGCAACCUUCAAACUCCUUCCUCAAGGCCCCGGCUUUGCGUGCAACUUCGUGAAUGUAGCCCAUCUGGAAGGUCCGGUUGUGAAAAUAAUUCCACUAAACUCCGAUUCCGGUAAGCGUGCGUACGCCACACAACAAGCCGUAGCGAACCUCCGAGACGGCAUAAAGGUACCCGGAGUUCUACUAGGCGUGACAAAGUCCGAAUCGAGGAUAUUCCGACCACCGACCGCGAAGGGCGCGCAUAAAGGCUGGGGGGAGGACUUUGACUGUCUGUCCGCAAAUGUGGUGGAGCUAGACACCCACGGUGUCUGUCUUACCUGUGUUAUGAGCAGUGGCAUUGUGAAGAGCUACUCGAUCCCAGGGCUAAAGGAGAUUAGCGAGGUCAAAAUUGGACAGUGGUUUGAGAAGAAUAGACUGGCGGACAUAAUUGUUGCUGGAUCGGGGUAUAUUUUUGGGUGGACUUCUGAGACGGAGUGUUUACUGCUGCAUAUGUGGGGGAGGGGAGAUAGUUGGCGAGUUGUAUGAUUUCCAGAUUGGCUGACUAUGGGGCUAACAGAUAAUGAUUCCAGUGCGGAUACGCCAAAGGACACCCUUUACAACCCAAACACGCCCGUCCCCGCCCGUCCUACGAUAUCUAACUUUCAAUGGAUCUCCGGAACACAACACGUCACAGCCGAGGACAUAGACCUACUAAGUAUGCCCCUUCCCAAUUUCCCCUUCAUCUACGCAUAUCCUAUCUAACACUCUCCAGUCGGUGGCCCCGAAAGACCCAUGUCCCGCAAAAUGAUAGAGCAGAUGCGCGCGGAAAAACGGCAGGCAGAAAUGGACGCACGCGCCAGCGCCGCUGCUGGCGCGUCAACCCAGGAUGGGGUAUUCGCAAACAUGGCGAAGCAGAUCCAAGAGCGGACUGAAAAGUUGAACAUCAUGGGUGAUAGCAUGGAUAGGCUUGGCGAGAGCUCGGCGAAUUUUGCGGAGGACGUGAAUAAGUUUGUUAGUCAGCAGAAGAGGAAAGCGUUGCUCGGUGGUGAGUACCCCCCUCCAUAACCCACGAUCCCGAAGGCAAGGUGGUUAAUGGUGGUUAUGGUGACACAGGUAUCACUGGGAAAUGGUUUUAAACCAGCUCUCAUACAAGUACUACCGGUUGUGGGUCUUCCUUCCUACCCUUCUUUCUUUCUUUUCUCUCUUUUUUUCUCUUGAGUGCUUCUUUGGAUAUCUCUCGUGUUGUGUUGGAAAUCAAUAGCAUAGUUGUACUGGUAGCGGUCAUCACCGCGGUUAUGAUUCACUUUCAUGAUGCACUACCGGUAUUGUACGUGCGCCCGGUGCGAAUCAAGAUUUUGAACCCGGGAGGGCUUUGUCAGUUCCAGCGCCCAUGCCCCACGAUGAUGGCGCAGGGUGAAAAGAAACAACCGGAGCCUUCACAAAGAGUCACUCGAUGAAAUCUCCGAUAAAUUAACCUCCCGAUAACAAUCAGCAUUACUCGUACAGAGCGCUUGUAAGUUGUUAUGGGAAUAAAUUUGGGCCAAGUACCGUAGCACCCACACUCCCCCUCCUUGCAGUCCAGCUGGAAAGAAAAAAAAAAGGUCGCUCGGUUAUAGCAUUACCAGUACAGUAUUGUACCCGUUGAACAUUGAGGCUGAGCAAAUGCUUUCCCAGCGUUGCUCCGGUCAGAGAUCGACAUUAGUCUAGAGCAUGCAUCCGUUCGCUACGAGGACUCGACCAAUCGGGGGACAGAGAACAAGACACCACCACUGCACCAU